AUGUACGUUAAACGGAUUGUCAUUCAGGGAUUUAAGACUUACAAGAAUACGACGGUUAUUGAGGAUUUGUCCCCAAAUUUAAAUGUGGUCGUUGGGAGCAAUGGGUCGGGGAAAUCCAAUCUUUUCGCUGCACUUCGAUUCGUGCUGACCGAUGCGUACAAAGGAUUGAGAAGGGAGGAAAGACAUGCAUUAAUUCACCAAGGCACAGGUUCAGUGAUGAGUGCGUUUGUUGAAAUAGAAUUUAACGACCCAGAAGGUCAAAUGGCGAUUAGUACUGGACUUCAGGUUACGCAGGCUGAAACAAUCAAAGUUAGACGAACCAUUGGUCUCAAAAAAGACGAAUAUUCGAUCAACGGGAAAACGUGCCACAAAGGAGAUAUCGCAAGGAUGCUCGAAAGCGUGGGAUUUUCUCCUUCGAAUCCUUAUAAUAUUGUGCCUCAGGGCAGAAUUGUGGCAGUGACCAACGCAAAAGACGAAGAACGCCUCUCUUUGCUCGAGGAAGUCGUUGGUGCUAAGUCCUUUGAAGCGAAAUUGCAAGAAUCUCUGAACAAAAUGGAGACUACAAACAAGGACAGCGCGAAAAUAGAAGCCGAAUUGACUGAACUGCAAGAGCGGCUUGAUGAACUCGAUGAAGAAAGACGAGACCUUGAAAAAUAUCAAGCUUUAGAGCGCGACCGGAAGGCAUUUCAAUUUUUGCUUUAUGAUCGAGAACUGAACGAGGUAACGAAUAGCAUUGAGAAAGUUGAGGACGAGUAUUCAACCACAUUGAAGUCAUCUGAGAAAUAUAUCGAAGAAUUGGAGAAACGCGAAUCUUUAGUUGCAGACAUCAAUAAAACUCUCCAGAAAACAGAAGCAGAUACAAAAAUUAAAGAAGCCAAUGAUUUGAAGUCCGAGAAAGCUCGAUUUCUUGAAGCGUCCGAAAGGAAAGCGACUCUUCAAGCGCGUUACAAGGAAAUCCAGAAACAAAGCAAGGAAUAUAAUGAGCAAAAUGUAAUUGACCGGAAAAGCCUGGCAAUUAUCAAAGAAGAGAUUAAAAAAAAGGAGCAGGAACUUCAAGAAUUAACGCCUCGAUUCAAAGACUUGACAGCAGAGAAGGCUCACUACAAAAAUCAAAUAUCUGAGCUUGAGAAUAUAGUUGUGGAACUUCAAUCCAAGCGAGGUAAAUAUGCCAGGUUUGAGACCCAGGUGGAACGAGAUACGUGGUUAGGAGCUGAGAUGGUAGCCGUGGAGCAGGAGUUAAUCAGGGGAGAAAAGGAGCUUCAAGAAGUUGAGUUUGAAAUACAGAAAACAGCAGACGUCAUGGCCGAGCUUAACCAACAAAUCGAUGAAUUGAGUGACUCUGUAAGUGGUCCCGGAAUUGAAGCGGAAAUGCAGGAUUUAGAUGCAGAGAUUGAUGCAUGCAAAAAUGAUUACCUUCAUAGACUUGAUGAGAGAAAAGAGCUCUGGAGAGCUGAGCAGAAAUUGCAAGCAAUACGUAGCUCAUCCUCAGACGCCCUUAAAAAGUCAGAACGUGACUUGGAAGAGACUAUGGAUCGCGGCCUAGCAAGUGGGUUGAGAGCUGUCAAUGAAAUUGUCGAAAGACUUAAACUACCACCUAGCUCAGUUCAUGGUCCUCUAGGUGAGCUUUUGAAGGUCAGUCCAAAAUACAAGACCUGUGCCGAGGUAGUAGGAGGUAAUUCCCUUUUCCACGUUGUUGUUGAGAAUGAUGAAGUAGCGUCUAUUUUGAUGAACGAACUUUUCAGCACCAAGAGUGGGCGAAUCACAUUCAUACCACUUAAUCGAAUUCAAACCCGAGCUAACAUCGAAUAUCCAUCCAAUGCUGAGGGCGAUUGUACUCCACUUAUUCUAAAGAUUAAAUGCGAUAAGAAGUAUGAAGCAGCGAUGAACCAUGUCUUCGGAAAAACCAUAGUUGUACGAGAUCUCGUCACUGGCUCGAGGCUUGCCAAAAAAUACAAAUUAGACGCCGUUACUUUAGAUGGAGACCGGGCUAAUUCCAGGGGUGUUGUUUCGGGUGGAUAUCACGACUACCACAAGAAGGCCAAGCUUGAUUGCUUGAAAGAAAUUAUGUCCGUAAAGUCGCAGCACCAAAAGGCGGUAUUGGAAUGCGAGUCGUUAGGGGAUCAAGUCGCUGAAAUCGAUGCUGCCAUUGAUCAAGCAAAUAGCAAGCUGAAACAGUGUGCAAAGAGAAAGGAGGCAAUACAGACGGAUGCCGAGCAACUGCGCUGGAAACUCAACAAGAAAAGAAGUGAACUUAUUUUGCUAGAUCAAGACGCUGCUACCUUACGACAAAAAAGAGAGAAGCUGAAAUUCUCGCUCAAGCUCGCCCAAGACAAGCUUGCAAUUUACGGGGAUGAUUUGACGAAGCCUUUCGUUAACGAAUUGUCUUCCGACGAGAAUCAACAAAUUAACGAGCUGUCAAGAAAGAUAAAAGAAUCCACAAAGAUUUUUACAAGAAUCACAGAGGAUUUAAGUUCACUUAUCAACAAAUUGGAUAAUCUCAAUGCAGAGAUUGAUUCCAAAUUGAAACCCCAGGAAAAGUAUUUGAUCAAUUUCUUGGAUGAGAUGAAUGAAGAUAGCAUGGCAAUGCUCAAGCAGAAACUAGAACGAUUGGAACCUGAAAUAAAGGACGCCAAGGCCCUCGAAGAUCUUUCAAGGGAAAAUCUUGAACAAACGAGAAAUGAAUUAGCUAAAUUAAAGGAAGAAUCAACUAAUAAUCAAAGAAUCCUCGAAAAGGCCAAUUCACAGCAGAGGUCUUUGCUCAAAAAUUUGGAAAAGUUUCAAAAGGAUGCCGAGAAAGUCAUUAUUAGGAAGACUACCCUAUCAAAUAGGCGCGAUGAGCUUCAACAAAAAAUUAGCGAAAUUGGACUUCUUUCAGAGGAAUCCGUGGCUCAGCAUGAACGCUUAGGAAGCAGCGAAAUCUUAGACAAGCUGAAGGCGGUUAACAAUAAAUUGUCUUCAAUGACAAACGUGAACAAGCGCGCAAUUGAGAAUUUCAAAAGGUUCAGUGAAAAGAGGGAAGAGCUCGUUGGCAGGGCGGAAGAGCUUGUUUCCUCUCAGAAGUCUAUCGAACAGCUUAUCAUUUCUUUGAAGAAACAGAAGGUUGAAGGCGUGGAGACAACGUUCAAGAAGGUUGCCAGUAAUUUUACCACUUUAUUUGAGAUGCUUGUGCCCAACGGAAAAGGACAGCUCCUCAUCCACAGAAGAGAGGACAACGAAAGUACGCAAUCUAGCAAAAAGUCCAAGGAUUCUGCGGCAUCGCGGCGCGACGAUUACAUUGGCUCAGCUUAUAGCGGCGUGUCCAUGAAAGUAUCUUUCAACUCGAAGAGCAACGAACAGACGUACGUGGAACAACUUUCUGGCGGCCAGAAAACGGUUUGCGCCAUUGCUCUAAUUCUUGCUAUCCAAAUGGUCGAUCCAGCUCCCUUUUAUCUGUUUGAUGAAAUUGAUGCUGCUCUUGAUAAACAAUAUCGAACGUCUGUCGCAAAUGUGAUGAGCAGACUAUCGUCGAACGCACAGUUUAUCUGCACGACAUUCCGAACUGAUUUACUGCAAGUCGCCAAUAACUUCUAUCGCGUCAAGUUCGAGAACCGAGUGUCGUCUGUCACCGAAGUUAGUAAGCAAAGUGCUAUAAAUUUCAUUCAGGGCAGGAACAAGCUGGGUGAUAUUUGA